AUGAUUAAUCUACGUCAUUCUCAUUUAGCAAAAAAAUUCAAAAAAGGAGAAAGUCCACUGCACAAAGCAGUGUUGGAAAAGAACAUGAAACGGUUAAAGGAAGUUCUAGAUUCACCUGUAGGUGUGAAAUGGCUAAACAGAAAAGCCAAAGGAGGUUGGACAGCAUUGCAUAUGGCUACAAAGUGUUCCGAUUCUCAGUUCGUGCGGUUGCUUCUUGAGAAAAGGGCAGACAGUUCUAUAACCACUCGACAUGGAAGUUUAGUUCUGCAUUCAGCUGCUUGUGAUGGCACUGCAGAAGUGAUGAAGAUGCUUAUUAAAGCAGUUGAUAUUUCAGUCAAUGUACAGACCAACAGAGUAAGGAAAAUUGCAUAA